GAUACUUGGUGGAGCAUUAUAACCACACCGAUUUGCCACACUACUUCGCAAAUGAGAAGAGGGGCAGCUACCGCAGCGAUGUUUGCCGUGCGGCAGUGCUGGCGCGUGAGGGCGGUUUCUACACGGACCUGGACGUGGAGAUGAAGUGGACCUUUGAGGACCUGGCCGGCGAGGCCACCACCUUCCUAGCAAGCUUCUCCGAGGACGGCAGCGUACUGAACGCGAUGAUGGGCACGGUGGCCAACAGCUCCUUCAUGCAGGAGAUGUUGCAGCAACUUGUGGCUUGGUACAGGGGCGAGCCUGUGGCAGAACGCUUUGGGACGACCUCCGAGUGGAUGGGGCCUGUUGCUGCACUUGCUGCCUUGAAGGCGGUGACUGCUCGUGACUGCCCGGGGAAGGAGCUUCAGGAUGUGGAAGGGGCAGAAAUUCCUUGCGGUCCACAUGUUGUCCGCAUGUUCCAGGAACGGGCCCUGCCGUGCUGGUUGCCUGAAGACCCGGACUGCCCUCCUCUGCGCUACAACAACUAUUUUGACGGCGUGCGAUAUGGCAUCUACGUCCC